AUGGCUCAAUCACAUCGGCGUGGAAAGGAUGGGCCGAAGCCAAACGGAAAGAAUGGCGCUAAGCCAAAGAGCGCACCCGACAUGGCAAAUAAAUCUGCCAGCGUUAAAAGUGGUGGGAAAUGCUCCAGCAGGCGCCCGGAAUCGAUGGGUGGGCUCUCUUCCUCCAACGAUGGAAACAGCAGACCGGCUCUACAGACGAAAAAAUUACCACUUCCGCUUCAACAAUUGCUCCUGAACGUUUUCCAGUAUGGUCUCCUCUCCGAUAGGGAUUCUAAGACAGAAGCAUUAUCGCGACCUUUAUCAGAAUUGGUCCAGAUAUUGAAGACCCACCUUUAUCAUCGGGACUUUAUAUCUGCAUUUGCUGAUGCAAAUGAAGAGUUGCUCAAAGCAUACGCGCUGCGUUGGAGUGCCGGAAGGGCCUUAGGCUAUGCGGGUAUAUUUGCAUCUGUUUUAGAGAUGAUUAUUCAGCAUCGUACUGUGGUUGCUGGAAACGACAAAGCUGGUCAGCAUGUCGUUUGUAUUGGAGGAGGUGCAGGAGCAGAAAUUGUUGGACUGGCUGCGGCGUGGAGGUGGCUGCAUGAUGGGGGAAUAUCCAAUGCCCCAGCAGCUGUUACUUCGGAUCGCGCGGCUGAAUUCUCUUCAAUGAACAACAAUUUUAGAAAUAUAUCAUUGGAAAAUGAGAUGGAGCCAGCACAGAUUCCUGACACUGAUACGGAACUUGCAGGCCAGCAACCGUUUUCAAAUUUCUCGAUCACCUCUAUCGAUAUUGCUGACUGGUCUUCCCUUGUCAACACCCUCAACAAAGCAAUUUUAUCCGAAUCUAUACCGUCGUCGAUGGCUUGCCCUGCGCCGUUGAUUCCUCCCACGAAUCCAGAGAGUCAAGUUGACGGGCAGUUUCAGGUUCAUUUUAAGAAAGCAGACGUAUUGAAACUCACAGAUCAGGAAAUGCGUUCCCUGUUCAGCCCACCCAGGAACGUGAAUGGUGAUAUGAAGUUCGAUUGGCUAGCUAUGAAGCGAAACGAAAAUAUGCUGGUCACUCUGAUGUUCACGUUGAACGAGUUGUUCUUAACAUCGAUAUCUAUGACGACGGCAUUCCUGCUUCGGCUAACGGAUAUGCUCCAUCCUGGGACAAUACUGCUCGUUGUUGACAGUCCCGGGAGUUAUUCGACUGUCUCAUUUGCUACUAAAGAUUCCCGGUGGUUCCGAAGAGAUACAACCCUGCUGAAGUAUCAGGUUGGGGAUGGAAUUGGAUUGGAGGAUAUGAGAGUCCAAAUCCAUGUCUAUCGAAGGCUAGGGGGUUGA